GUUGGGAGACGGUCAACCAGGAAAUCAUGGGUUGUUUGGAGUGAAAGAAGAGGAUCUGUUGCCAUAAAUCCCCGUUUUCAACCAUGUCUCUUUCCAAAAACUGCUCGUUUUUUGUUUUGUUGGUGAUAAACAUUUGCUCUCUUUUGUCCGUCGUCGGAGCACAAAACCUCGGCGCUUCAGACUUAGCGAACAAACUGAGACAAAUCCCGACUCUGAGCCCUGUUGUGGUCAACUCUCCUGUUUUCAAGCCUGCGUUGGACUCUUCCCUCUCCUUGAGUUUGCUGUCUUCCUUUCCAGAGGACCUGGAGAUCAGCGAGUACUGCAGCGAGCUGCUCCACAUAUUCGGACAGCGGUACGAGGCCUAUGCGAAGUGUUUGGUGCCUGCUGCUCGGCCUGUCAAAGUGUGUCAGAACUGUUUCUCCAGUUAUAGCAGCCUUGGUGACAUCUACAAGAACAUCUCAUCAGACCAGAUGGGUCCUGGUAAUGUGAGCUGCAAGGACAGUCUUCUGCGCAGUGAUCGGCUGAUGCUGGUUUAUAUGCUGUACAUCAACCUGGAACACCUGUGGAUGGAUUCAGGCUGUAAAAACUGUAUCACUGAGGGAUAUCAGAGCCUGACCAAUGACACGCUCUACUUCAUGGCAAAUCUCAAUCAAACUCUCACCUGCUUUGAGAAAUAUAAAGAGGGGAAUCACACAGAGCUAUGCAAAAACUGCAAGAGCACAUACAAAGGCCUGAAUGAGCUGUACAGCAGAAUGGAGAAGAAUCAGACUCUGUGUAUCGACAUAGAGGAUGAGAUGAAUGUGACACGCAAACUGUGGAGUAAGAAUUUCAAUUGUUCCUUCCCCCGUGAGGAGACGGUGCCUGUCAUCGCUGUGUCCAGCUUCAUGCUCUUUCUGCCCAUCAUCUUCUACUUGAGCAGCUUCCUUCACUCUGAACAAAAGAAACGCAAGCUCAUACACCCCAAGCGAGCAAGGUCAUACACCAGCCUGAUGAACAUUCAGGAUAAACUGAGCUGAAGAAGAGAACAGAGGUAAUCACUGAAAUGAAGGACAGUUUUGUUUUUUUUGUUUUUUUUUGUUUUUUUUAUUAAAAGUUACAACCUGGGAGUAGAUUUGACUUCUCACUGCCUUGUGCCUGGGGUUUGACAAACCUUCAGUGAAUGUAGAGCCCUCAACAGCAGCUUUACUGGUUGCUUUCAGGGGGCUGUGAUACCCAUCAGUAUUGAAAGGACUUCAAGGAUCAAGAUAAAUGAAACAAAAAGUGAAAUGCACUGGAACUUUUUGUAUUGCACAAAACAGACUUUGGGCACAUUAAAUAUUUGCUUUCUUAUCUUUACAAACGUCUCAAAAUGUAGCAAAUGGUCUUGGAAAACAUAAAAUAAAAACAUGCAGAUGCUUCAGAUUUUCUCAGAUUUACAGAAAAAAAAAGACAAAAAAAAAAUAGAAAUUCUCCACAGACUGUAUUUGA